CGCUGUUCUGUCUUCGGAAACUUCUUGGGGUGUUGGUAUACCGCUCAAGUAAUGUGUGGCUUCUUAUAGCGAUAGGAAGACGAUAUUACCUCAUCACAUCGGUUUCUUUGGUUCCUUCGAUGAAACCAAUCUCGUCGUCUCCGUCGCUGGUUACAUGGGGACUCUCCUCCUCCAACCAGCAAGUAUGGCGCAAAACCUGUAGGAGGACUGCACCAAAAACGAUUGGUCUGCAGAAUAGCAACCGGAUACAGCGUCGCUUCAGGAGCCACAUAGCUAAGGAGGGCGAUCAGGCCAGACCGCUUGAGGGUUUCUACGCAGAACUUCUCUCGCAUCCUCUGAGCAAACUGCAAGCCGCCAGCCGGACCCGUCCUGUCCCUCCGCCAUCAGACUCUUCGCCGAGGACCGAAAAAGAGGAAACAUUGGAGGAACCACGAAUUGUCUUUGGAUCGCGUUUAGCGGGCCCUGGGGAGCGCAGAGCGCAGAUUGAUGCUGCGUCCAAAGUUAUCGCAGGAGUCCUAGUCCCGCCAAAGCCGACCGAACCAGACAACUGUUGCAUGUCCGGAUGUGUGAACUGUGUCUGGGACCUAUACCGCGAUGAGAUGGAGGAAUGGGCAGCGAAGGCCGCGGAAGCACGAGCAGCACUGCAGGCCCAAAGACAGGCUGGGAAGGGAACUGGGAUGAUGGCAGCAAGGCCGGGGACUCCUUCGCAUGUGGCGACCAGCAUGGACGAUGAUGGAGGAGGCAGCGAGACCAAUUGGGUAUUGGAAGCAUCGCCUGAGCACUUGUUUGACGAUAUACCCGUCGGAAUAAGGGAGUUUAUGAAGACAGAGAAGAAGCUGAAGCUGAAACAUAGAGCAGAACAAGCUGUGAAUUGAAUGAAAAGAGCGACACCUGAGCAGAUCCUGCCG